GCUAAAACGUCAUUCGGCAUUCUGCUGUCGUGCAUAGUAAAAGUGCUAAACUUGGAUCGGUUUCGUCGGAUUACUUUGCUGGCAUUAAUAGCUUCGAAUCAAUUAGUUGAACGGUUUGCCUUUCCGGAACACUAUUAAAUUAUUUCAGAGCUUCGGAAAAGGACUUUUCUAUUCCAUAGAAACCCCGCUGAAGCUGGCCACACAUUUGAUGAGGACGGCCCAUGAGUAGUAACCGGUCAGCCGACAGAGAUCGUAUUACUGUGAAGAUACGUAACAUGAAACGUAGCGCAUCGCGCGAUUCUCCACCCAGAUCCAAGAGACGUGGAAGCAUCGGCCGUUACGAGGGCAGCCCAGACGAUCGGAUUUCCCCGGAUAGGAUGAGGCGUCGAGUCGCCCGGUCACCAAGCCCACGAGGUGGGCGGUAUGCGUCCCCACAUCGGGACGAGUACUCUCGCUCAGGCCGCGACGGAGGAAGCGAACGAUAUUCUUACAAGGAAUAUGAUCGACACUAUUACGCCCGUUCACCUGGAGUCCCGCCGCCGGAGAGACGUCGAGCUGAGCAUCAUCCUUAUGACGGUUACGGUCCACCACCAGGGCGAAUGCAUCAUCCAGAUUUCCAUCCUCCAAUGCAUCAUGAAUACAUGCCACGUGGACCGCCGAUGCAUCAUCAUGGGCCGCCGCACAUGCAUCCGGGAGGUCCUCCACAUCAUCAUUACAUGCCUCGUCCUUACAUGCCGCGACCACGGUUCGAGAAAACUGACAACAAAAAAGAUAAGUUUCCCAAUUAUUUGCAUCAUAUCCAGCCAGAGGACGAUCCAUUGGCUACAAGAACAUUAUUUGCUGGAAAUUUAGAAAUCAAUAUUUCCGAUGACGAAUUACGUCGUAUUUUUGGAAAGUAUGGUAUCGUUGAAGAUAUCGAUAUCAAACGUCCACCACCUGGCACUGGUAAUGCAUUUGCUUUUGUUCGUUACCAGACACUGGAUAUGGCUCAUCGCGCUAAAGUAGAGCUGUCAGGACAGUACAUUGGUAAAUUUCAGUGCAAGAUCGGCUACGGAAAGGCCACUCCGACGACACGUAUUUGGGUGGGCGGUCUUGGUGCAUGGACUUCUGUAACCCAGUUGGAGCGUGAAUUCGAUAGAUUUGGGGCAAUUAAGAAGAUCGAAUACAACAAAGGAGAUACUCAAGCUUUCAUUUUAUACGACUCUAUUGAUGCUGCCACAGCAGCCGUUAAAGAGAUGCGAGGUUUUCCACUGGGAGCCCCAGACCGCCGUAUUCGUAUCGAUUUUGCCGACAACGGAACAACGCCAGCGUUUCCUAAACGUGGUGGUGGUUUUGAAGAGGGUGGAGAAUAUCGCCGGGGUCCAGACUAUGAAUAUCCAGAAGGUGCUGCACCGUAUGAAGAUUCUUACAGUUAUAGCGGUGGACGUUCUGGUUUCCGUGGGCGUGGUGGUUUUCGUGGCCGUGGAGGUUUCCGUGGUGGUUUCCAUCGUGAUGGAGCAGCACAUCAUCGCGGAUCUGGGGCUGAUGAUUGGGAUCGUGCACCAGCGGAUGGAGAAUACGAUUCACGCAGACGGUCUGGCUCACGCGAACCUGGGAUUGAUAGAUCUCGUUCGCGUUCGCCUCGACGUCGCAGUCCUGCGGAUUCUGACUCUGAUUCUUCUUCUCGUAGAACGGGAAUGCUUUCCAGUGCUCGUACUUUGCCAGAAGUUGCGCGUAAAUGUUCCACUGUAUGGCAAGGUGCUUUGAUUCUGAAGAGUUCAUUGUUUCCGGCCAAGUUUCAUCUUACAGACGGUGACAGCGACAUCGUAGAUAGUCUCAUGAAAGAUGAAGACGGUAAACAUCACCUUCGUAUUACUCAGAGACUCCGUUUAGAUCAACCCAAGUUGGAGGAUGUUCAAAAGCGGAUUUCCACUGCUUCAUCGCAUGCUAUUUUCCUUGGAUUACCCGGUUCGACAUCUUCCGUUGCUUCUUCGGAUGAUUCUAGUGUUCAGACUCGUCCUCUUCGCAAUCUGGUUUCGUAUUUGAAGCAAAAGGAAGCGGCCGGAGUUAUUUCGCUACUAAACAAAGAGACGGAAGCCACAGGAGUAUUGUAUUCCUUUCCUCCAUGUGAAUUUUCUACCGAAUUGCUAAAACGCACCUGUCACAAUGUAACCGAAGAAGGUCUGAAGGAAGAUCACCUCGUUAUAGUGGUGGUCCGGGGUGGAACUGCUUGAGAUACAGAUAAUGGCAAUACAUCAGCCUAAGGUGUAUAAUUACUUUUAAGAUUUAACGGUUUAUAAACCACCAUGCUAUCAAACGCCAGAAUUUAUCGAUCAUCAUUAAAUACUCAUCAAAUCUAACGCACCAGCUUGUAACUUAAAAAAAGACGCGCGUAUAUAUUCCUAAUUACUAAAUUCUACGGGGCUUAUGGUAAAAACAUUUGUACUGGAACACCCGGGACUCAUUGCCCAUGUUGAACAUAAUGCCACUGUAUCUUAUGUUAGCUUUCGAAGUGAUUCUCCCGAUUGAAAUUCAUUUAAAAUGAUGGUUGCGGUUUAUUUUCCGCUAUUUCUGCUGCAUUCGAGGUGAAUAUGUUAAUGACGAUGACCACUAGACGAAGCUGAUGAUAACUAGUUAGUGCGGGUUUUUGAGAGUUUUCGAGAAGUGUGGCAGUGAAUCAGGAAGCUUCAGGCGUAUUUCAACAUAACCGGAUCGCAAACUUAGUUAGCUGGUGCAUGAUGAUUGUGUUACUGACAAUGCUGACGACGGUGAUGAAAAUGAAAAUGAUGAUGAUGCUGGGCGUGAUUCGGCAUCUCUUGAAGACAUCGAAGAGAAAAGAAUAGGAGAGACCACGGUGUACAUUGGAUGAUUAGUGGAAGUGUAACAGCUAACGGUAGUUAAGAGUUUUCUGAGGCAAGAAGACGGCAAACGUUUGCCAUUGCAUUUUAUAUUUCAAUACUGAGAGAGGUCAUCUGCUCCAGUAGUGUAUAAUUAAUGUGUAUUUUAAAAUUUCUUCAUGGGCUAGCUAUCUCUGCAGUUUCAUCCAUUUGUGAUUCAUCCAUGAUUUUUGAUAGUUGACAUAGAGAUAAUUUUUUCUCAUGGUCUCAUUCCUUGUGAACAAAAAGAUGAAAGUGAUUAUUCAAAAUGAUAAUGACAUUGAAGGAAUUGAAGAAAAAAGGAAACAAAUAUUAAGCGACAAAAGAAUUUGACAAAGCAGUUGAAUUCAAGUUUCAGUGGGAAGUACUUUCUAAAUAGUAAUUAUUUAAAAUGCAAAUGUGUCAACAGAUAUGAAAAUAUAACAGUUGUAAUAAUAUUUACAAUAUAUCCAAUGAGAAAUCGUUUUGAAAAAUCUAUAAUACGCAGUUCGAAGUAAAACAAAUUAGCUGUAACGGUAUGUGUAGUGAUAAUUAUGGAUAUAAAAGAAACAAAAAAAUAGUCCAUGUGUUUUCUAGAAUGAUGUUCAUCUAUUGUACUCCGUGCUGAUAUCUAAAAAGUUCUAUUUCGUUUUGUGUUUGACUUAACCGCCGACAGUUCUUUCAAGUUCAAUUAAGAACCCAAAUACAAAAUUGAGUUUCGUGUCUAAACCCUUCAGCGAUCAUCUGAUUAUUGGUGAAAGUGGUUCUAACACUGGUGUUUCCCUUUGUAUUUUUCAUUUGGCUAGUUUUGGUGUAUGAUUCAUUAUUGAUAUCGAAAUGUGACGUAAUUGGGAAUAAUUUAUUUGUGUCUGAAGUUAAAAUAUUUUGUGUUUGUGUUGAUUUCCGGAGUUUUAAUAUUUAAAACCCAUGCGUGAUAUUGAAAGUUCUUUUCUAAAAGUUGCCCCUUUAACAUUUUCUAAUGUUUCUCAAAUCUUAACGGUUUGUGAGUUGGUGUCUAUGUGAAUCAGUGUUUUUCAUUGAUAUAAAUCUUCUGUAACUGUUCUCUGGACUGGCAUUAUUCAAUGGCUUAUUAUUGAAGUUGCAAUAGUUCAAAAGUUUCCUGUUUAGUGAGGAAAGUGUCUGAUGUGGGAGUUUUGUCAAGUGAUUUGUAACUUUUGAAACAGUGUUAAGUUUGUUGUGCCAACACUGAUCACUUCUAUCUUAAGCGCUUAUAGUAAACUGUAGCGUUUGUUUGUAAAAUUUUGAUUUAAAAUUGGUUUUACAAUCGUUACACUAUAUUAAAAAGCGCUCUUACACGCAUGCCAUUCGGAUUUCUCCAACUUACCACCAGUGGGCGAUGUGAUCUUGAAUUGAAAUGAAGAACUGAUUCGUUCGGGUUUUUGUUCUGUUCAGUUGAUAGUUUUUUUUUUUUGAAACAUUGAGUAUCAUAUGGUGAUGUGAGAGUUAAACAGCACGUUGAAGCUAUUAAAGGCAAAAACCGUUAGCGGAACAAAUGGAAUAUUCGGUUUCCGCGUUUGAAAAGUGUAUCUUUAUGACUGUACCAAUAUUUGAAUCAAUAAACGUGUGUCCUAUAA